UGUGGGGGGUGUGGCAGGAACGCUUGUGUGUUAUGGCGUUGCUUAAAAGGUUUGCAAAUAACUGGAGCAGAUUCUUCUGUCGUAGCUAUAUGAACAGCUCGGGUUGCACAAUCUACAGCCUAAGCUCGGGACAUAUAAAAUGCGGGGUCUCUGUAAUUCGUGUUUCUGGCCCACAGGCAAAACAUGCGCUGCGUGCACUAGUAAACAAUGAGGAAUAUGAGCCAAAACAGAGACUAGCUUAUCUAAAGUCGUUUUAUCAUCCCAGCACAAAGGAAAUGAUAGACAAAGGCCUGUUGCUAUGGUUCCCUGGACCAGCAUCUUUUACCGGUGAGGAUUCAUGUGAGUUCCAAGUGCAUGGCUCUCUUGCCGUCAUAGCAGCCAUGUUGGAUGCACUCGGUCAGCUUCCGGGCCUCAGACCAGCGCAUCCUGGCGAAUUUACAAAACGUGCCUUUUUUGGUGGUAAACUGGAUUUGACAGAAGUCGAGGGCUUAGCUGAUUUAAUACAUGCCGAGACCGAGGCACAACGAAAACAGGCUCUCCUACAAAGCACGGGCUCGCUCAAGCGCUUGUACGACAGCUGGCGAAUGCGCAUGAUACGCUGCGCUGCGCAUCUUGAAGCCUACAUCGACUUUGCUGAGGAGGAACAAAUCGAAGCAGGCGUAAUAGUCCAACUAACAAGAGAACUGAAGUCCGUAAAGCGUGAAAUACACGAGCAUCUGAAUGACCAACGGCAAGGCGAACUGCUGCGUGAUGGAGUACGCACUGUUAUUAUUGGAGCACCGAAUGUAGGCAAAAGUUCGUUGCUUAACUUGCUUUGCCAGCGGUCUGUGUCUAUUGUAACCGAACAGGCGGGCACAACACGUGACAUUAUUGAGGCAAUGCACAACUUUGGUGGCUACCCGGUUAUAUUUUCCGACACUGCUGGUCUACGCAAACACACAAAAGACACUAUCGAACUGGAGGGUAUGGCGCGCGCCAAGAAAUGCCUGGAACAAGCUGAUUUAAUAUUGCUGCUCACUGAUGCAAAAGCCCUUCAGCAGGUGCAAAACGAUGCGGAUGUGGACAGCUAUAUAAAAAGUUAUCUGGAGGAACUGGACCUUCCCGUCCAGAUGUGCAACGGCAAGCGCUUACACCUCAUAGCCAAUAAGUCGGACACAUUAUCUAGAGAGGAACUAGAACGUUUGAGUAAAAUUAAUGCCAUGCUCACCAUCUCCUGCCAGAAGCAAGAUAACAUACCUGCCUUUCUAAGUGCACUAGAGUCCAUUUUGCAGAAACUAUGCGGAACCCCGCGUGCCGAACAUCCACGUAUAACCCACAUGCGUUAUCGGCAGCAAUUGGUGCGUUGCAUUGAACACAUUGAGAUUUUUCUGCGUGAAUAUAGUCCAGAUGUUUACCCGGACAUGGCUAUUGCAGCCCAGAAAUUACGUCUCGCUGUUCGCUGCAUAGAACGAAUCACCGGACACGUGCACGUAGAAGACAUUCUAGAUGUUGUAUUUAAAGACUUCUGCAUUGGAAAAUAAUUGAGAAUUACAGUUUAGAUUACUCUUAUUUUUACUGACAAUUAUUCGCGAGCCAAAUA